AUGUUCUCCGCGUUUGCAGAUAUGGACUCGAAAAUCGUUCUCCUGCAGGAUGCUGCUACUCGACUGCGAAUCAAUAGUAUCAAAGCUACUGAAGCCUCGAAUUCGGGCCAUCCAACGUCAUGCGCCUCCAUUGCCGAGGUGAUGACCGUUCUCUUCCUUGAUGAAAUGAAGUACUUUGUCAAGGACCCUCGCCAUCCUUCGAACGAUCGCUUUGUGCUUUCAAAAGGUCAAGCUUCUCCUGUGCUCUAUGCUGCAUGGGUUGAGGUAGGAUUUCUCUCCGAGAGCGAUCUUCUCAACUUUCGCAAAAUCGACUCAGAUCUUGAGGGUCAUCCCACUCCUCGCCUCGAGUUCGUUGAUGUUGCCACGGCCUCCCUCGGUCAAGGUUUGAGCAACGCAGCCGGUAUGGCGUACACGGGUAAGAACAUUGACAAGGCCAGUUAUCGCGUCUACUGUAUAAUCGGAGAUGGCGAGUCUGCAGAGGGCAACAUCUGGGAGGCAAUGGCUUUUGCUUCGUACUACGAACUUGAUAACCUCGUGGCGAUUUUUGAUGUCAACCGCCUCGGUGAGAGCCAGCCUACUGCCCUCCAGCACGAUCUCGAGACCUACAAACGUCGAGCCGAGGCCUUUGGGUGGCACGCAAUAAUCGUUGAUGGGCACAAUGUCGCCGAUAUAAUGAAGGCUUUUGCAGCGGCUCGUUCCAUUAAAGGGAAGCCAGUGGCUACCCGUGAGGCCUAUGGCCGAGCCCUUGAGCGCCUCGGCAGCGCCCAUCCCCGUGUCAUUGGUCUUGAUGGGGACACCAAGAACUCCACCUUCUCCAUCUACCUGCGCAAUGCAAGACCUCAGCAGUUCAUCGAGUGCUUUAUCGCAGAGCAGAACCUGGUCGGAGUGGCCAUUGGUUGUGGGACGCGCGAGCGUACCAUACCCUUCGUGAGCACGUUCGCUGCUUUCUUGACCCGCGCCUACGAUCAGAUCCGCAUGGGCGCUAUUUCACAAACCAACUGCAACUUUGCUGGCUCCCACGUCGGCGUCAGUAUCGGUAUGCCCGACAUUUUCGUUAACCGCGCACUAUCAUUAAGUCACAAACACCCACAGGGCGUUUGUGUGUGGGGACAGCAAGGGAAGAACUCGGCACUCGCUUUGAAGAAUUGGGGCGUCAGUGAGGACGGGCCGAGCCAGAUGGCUCUCGAAGACCUGGCGAUGUUCCGUGCUAUUCGCGGCUCCACCGUCUUCUACCCCUCCGACGCCGUGUCAUGU